CGUGCUACAAAUGAGCACUUCCCCCACCACCAUGUCGUCUCCCCCACGCUCCCUUAGCGGGAUCUUUGCGAGAAGCUUUCUUAAAAAUGGGCUUCUAGAAGCAGUGAUUACGACGCCCGUCUCCAGCGUCCUGCUCCUGCUUGUGGCCUGUGAGCUCCUUCAUCAUGCUGGCCCAUCUCCUUCUGCCUCUGCUUGCUCUUUCAUCCGGCCACGCCCUCUCCCUGACCAAGCGUGCAACGCCGGCGACGUACUAUGUCUCACCGUCGGGCACUGACAGUGCUGCCGGCAGCAAAAGCGCACCGUGGGGCUCCAUCGCACACGCCCAGACGGUGGCUCAGCCUGGCGACACCAUCUACCUGCGCGGCGGCAAAUACACCUACUCGGCGGCCACAAAACGUUGCGCAAGCCUGACCGAUACCGUCAGCGGUGUUGUGCUAAACAAAGCCGGUCAGAGCGGCCAGCCGAUUCACUACUGGGCUUAUCCGGGCGAGACACCCGUGCUCGACUUUUCUGCCAUCAAAGACGAUUGCCGAGUCAAGGGCGUGGAGGUCACGGCUGACUGGCUCCAUCUCAGGGGCCUCGAGAUUACGGGGGCGCCGCAGCAGUCCGACAACCACGAGAAUCACGAAUCGUGGGGUCUGUGGAUCAAGAGCAGCCACGGCGUGUACGAGCAGCUGAAUCUGCACAACAACAUGGGUCCAGGCCUGUUCAUUCAGGAUGGUGGCUACAACACGGUCCUCAACUGCGAUUCGCACGACAACUACGAUCCAUACUCGUCCAAUGGAGCCGGGCAGAGUGCCGAUGGCUUUGGCGCGCACAUCAGCGCAGGACACCCUGACAAUGUGUUUCGCGGCUGCCGUGCCUGGGCCAACUCCGACGAUGGCUUCGACCUCAUCAAUGCCUACUCGCCGGUGCUGAUCGAGUCCUCUUGGGCUUGGAACCAUGGCUACCUGCCAGGCACAAAGACGCCGCUAGCCGCUGGCAACGGCAACGGCAUCAAGUAUGUGUCCAAUGCCGCCAAGCACACGGUCCGCCUCUCUGUCGCUUUCGACAACAAGGCUUCAGGCUUCUACGCCAACCACCACCCAAUCGUGAAUGACUUCUUUGACAACACCGCUUUCGGCAACGGGCACGACUUUGACAUGACCGGAUUCGCCUCCGACGGCAGUGUCAAAGUCCUCGGCAAGCUGCGCAACAACCUGUCGACAGCAGCAAAUAACAAGCUCAUCAUCGACGGCGCCGACUCGGCCUCCAACUCCUGGGAGCGGAGCCAGAUUCCCAGCGAGGCCGACUUUGUGGAUACAUCGCACAGCGGCUGGGACGCUGCACGCCAGUCUGACGGCAGCCUGCCAAAGCUGACGCACUACCAUUUGCGACCGACAAGCGCGCUCGUGGACGCUGGUGUGGACGUCGGCCUGCCGUACAACGGCAAGGCGCCCGAUCUCGGUGCAUUUGAGACAUGGUGAGGAGCUUAUGAAUGUCUCGGCGUAGCAAAGGACCGCUUCCUGUUCUAUCUUCGUAGUUGGAAAUCAAAGUACUGUACUGUACAUUGCCCCAUGGACUACACAGCGCUCUCAGGCCCAAGUCGGAUCCUGAGCGCAGAAAAGGCAGCCCGCAGCCGAUUGGCGCUAUUGCGGCGACAGUCUUUCAAGCACUGCCGCCAUCGUGGCGC